UAUCGUAACCAACCGCCACUGCAUCUUAAUGCAACGCUGUUCGCAACCAAUUCGCUUCUGGUUUAUUUUGACUAUAAAAAAACUCAAAAUAACAAUCAAACUGAGGCAUUUCUGAAGAAUCUGAGGAGGCAGUGAGGGGCUUUUUAGAUGUAUCCUCCAUUGGGGGGGGGGGGGGCGAGCAUACUGGACAACUGCGAUCGAGUUGAUGGUCCUUCCUCAGCAGGACACUAUGAGAAGCCCUUAGUUCAUGUAGGGACUUCGGUCAUUAACCUUUCACGAAUACCUACCGAGUAAUGCUCCUCUUUAACAUCUGUUACUCAAACAAUAACUAACAAAUCAUCUACAUUAAUAACGGACUAAACGCAAAGAACAGCAUGCGUCUCAAAGUGGCCUCAACUACAAUAAUCUAAGUUCAUUCUUCAAUGACAUUAGUCUUUAUUAUUCACCGUCGUGAGGCUUAUUAACGGCGUUCACUUGGGGCUCGUUUGCAUUUAGUUUUAAUUGGCGCAUGCGCAGAUGCACAAUGAGACAACGUACAGGCGUUCUUUUUGUAAUGGGAGGACCACAGGCAUUUUAUUCAUGUAUAUAAAAGCUCUAUUUUGAGGAUGCACGGGUGUGUGUUGCAAUUGAGUACAUAAAGUUGAGAUCACCAUCGUGUUCCACCAGUUUCCCCUCAUCCAAGUGCGCGUAAACCUGAAGCCUGCCGUUCGGUUCGUCUCCCCUCCUCCUCCACCUCCUCCCCCCACCUUGCCUCGCUGUUCCCGGGUUGUCUGUUGUCUUGAAGUGGGUUCGGGGAAGUGUUGAGGGGGGCGGAUAGUUUUCAUUUUCUCCACAUCGGGUUCAGCCAAUAAUGUCGAAGGGAACUGUUGUGCACAUCUCAGCUGGCAGACAUUUAAAAAGGGAGACAGUCCGGCGCUGGAGCAAUUUGUAUUAACCCCCCCCGCCCCCCGGACCCCGUCUAUGUCUAUGGAGCGGUUAGUCUCCCACCCAUCCACAUCCCCAGCGGCGAACGGUCGGCAGCAGUAGACGUCGAUCACUUCGGAAGGUGCCGUUGGAGGACUGACGGGAUCGUAACAACGCGCGCGCAGCCUCAAACAGGAUGGCCGGCUCCACGCGUAUCUUCUGCAUCUUCUGCAGCGUGCUCUUCGCCGUGGGGUUGCUCUCCUUGCCCGUGGAUUCCAAGAGAAACCGAGGUUCACAGGGUGCCAUUCCCCACCCCGACAAAACCAACCCUAACGAAUCUGAGCAGCAACCGCAGACUCCGCAGGCGGGCCCCGGGCCCCGGCAGAGGCAGGGCUCAUCCUCACCGGCCGACGAGGUGCUGGAGUCCAGCCAGGAAGCUUUACACGUGACGGAGCGCCAGUAUUUGAAACGGGACUGGUGCAAGACGCAGCCGCUGAAGCAGACCAUCCACGAGGAGGGCUGCGUCAGCCGCACCAUCAUCAACCGCUUUUGUUACGGACAGUGCAACUCCUUCUACAUCCCCCGGCACAUCCGCCGGGAGGAGGGGGCCUUCCAGUCCUGCUCGUUUUGCAAGCCGAAGCGUUUUACCACCAUGACUUUCACGUUGAACUGCCCGGAUCAGCAGCCACCCACCAAGAAGAAACGCAUCCAGCGCGUCAAACAGUGCCGUUGCAUUUCCAUAGACCUGGACUGAAGAGAUGCGUUGUGUGUGUGCGCGCGCGCGUUGUUCUGGUUCAUCGCAGACAACAAAUGCCCGUCUCCAUCUCGAAGGCGUCUUACACGUCGGCUACAAAGACUCCGUUCUUGCACAAUGUGAACAAACAUUGACUGGCAUUUAUAAACCAACGAUGAAAUGCAAAGAAACGUUUUGCUUCUCACCAUUUAGCCAAGUUUGAAAGCAAGCAUCACUGCACGGGAACGCGGGCUUGGAAUGGGCACGUUUUUACGCACGGCUUCGUCACCCGGGAGGACUGCAUACCUCCGGCUUAUUUAAUACACCGAGACCCUUAUUGUGACAGGAAAACAUUAGUCACUCCUUUGUAUUUUUGUGUGCCUGUGAUUGUUUAACUGGACGUUUCCACUGUGUGGACCACGAGGAAUGAGUGGCGGUAUUUGUAAAUUAAAAAAUUCGAUUUUAUUUCGAUUCUUUCACGGUGAAUUGAUUUCUGUGAAUUUCGAGUAGUUCAUUUGUUUUGAGAUGGAUGCCUAUAAAUUUGUAGAGGCCUUUUCUUUUAGUUAAAACGGACAAUGUACAGUGAUUAAAUAGUUGUAAUAUGUACAGCCAUCUAAUGUAACCGGUUUGUUUAUUCCUUAGAUUAAAUUAUCCCUGAAAACUUCAAAUAAAUGGAUGUAGUAGAAAUAUUG